AUGGAGAGUAAUGAGUCUAUUCUUUUACAACCGAUUCGACAUUUAACUUCAGUGAAAGAUAGUGAAAAUCCAAAAUCACAAUUUACAAGUGUUGAAUGCUUGUCGAAGUCUUCGCGCCCACUACUUCCAAGCAGUUCAACUCUUAUAAUAAAUCUACCUGAUAACUCUACAACAGGAAUAGAUCGUUCACCAAAUACUAUGCAAACCUUUUUACCAGAGAUAAACUCGAAAAGCCAAUCACCUAUUUUUACCUGGAAUAAUGCUUUUCGCAAUAUAUCAUUUAUAAUCUCUUGGUAUUUCUUUUCUACGGCUUUAUCAUUUUACAAUAAGGCACUAGUUGGAAAAGAUAAAUUUGAUUUAGAUCUACCCUUAUUUGUGAGCGCUAUGCACACUGGAUCACAUUUCUUAAUAACACUUGUAUUAAUGAGUGGAAGCCUUCCAUCUAUAUAUAAGAGACCAGAAGGAAAAUCUGUCUCAAUAAAUAGAUAUUUUACAAAAGUAGUUCCUUGCGCUCUUGCUGCAGCAUUCGAAAUAUGUAUGGCUAACGCAUCACUUAUGUAUAUUACUUUGAGUUUUUAUACCAUGGUGAAAUCUUCGACACCCAUAUGGGUACUCAUAUUUGCUUUCAUGUUUGGAUUAGAGAAUCCCCGUAUUAUUUUAGUUUUUAUAAUAUCUGUCAUAAGUAUUGGAGUGAUUAUGACAGUAUUUGGAGAAACUGCAUUUAAUCUUACAGGUUUUUUGUUAGUAUUAGGUGCCGCAAUUUCUAGUGGUUUACGUUGGUCUUUAACUCAAAUGCUCCUUCAACAAGAAGAAAGUAUGAAUAAUCCAAUUGCUACUCUUUAUUAUAUAUCACCAGUAAUGUUUAUUAUGAUGACGAUACUUUCCUUAAUUUUUGAAAGACCAUAUAAUGAAUUUGGUCAUUCAAAACAUUUUAAGGAUUUUGAAACUUUCCUUAAAACAUUGGGUUUGAUGUUAAUUGGUGGGAUUUUGGCUUUUUGUAUGACAAUGUCUGAAUUCGCUUUAAUUAAAAACACUAGUACAGUAACAUUAUCAGUUGCUGGAAUAAGCAAAGAAGUUGUUGUAAUCAUGUUAUCUGUUCUCAUAUAUCAAGAUAUAUUGACCCCUCUGAAUAUAUUAGGGCUUGUGGUUUCUAUUGCUGGUAUUGCAGGCUAUAACUAUUAUAAAAUAAGCAAGAGUAGUCAAGAUGUCAAGGGUCAUUAUCAAGCAGUACCAUCACAUAAGAAUGAGUCAACAAUAGAUUAA